AUGACGACCACCGCGUUCUCCAAAAUGGUCACCCGGUUCCUACUGCUCCUGGUGUGCCUCGUCGCCGCGUGCAACGGUGUGCCAGUGACAGAGGAGUCCGACGAUGCCACCACGGUUAAACCGGUCAUUGGCAAUUCGAUCGUCACCGACGAGCCCGAAAUUCAGGGUCACUCGAUGGACGACAUUCUGCCGGGAACGAAGGCGCCCCUUAAUCCGGUGAUAUUCGUGGACGUUCCCGAGCACACGGAAACGGAACUCGGCUCGUCGGUGCUUCUUGCAUGCAGAACCUCUAAUCCUGUGGCCGAGUGCCAAUGGUCCUGGCAGCCAUUACCGCCAGUUCAUCUGCCGCUUCCGGACAUCAGUGAAAGCCCAGCGACCACCACGGUCUCGGUGAUUCAGACGACAACUACGCCGACUACCAAUCCGUUGCCGGUACGACAAUUUCCUGCCUUCGGGAACAAUAGCAACGACUGUUCCGUAAGAUUCUCGAGUACGAAGCACGAGCAGACCGGAUACUGGACCUGCGCCGCGAGAACUUCCACGAAUGAUCCUUUCACCAGUACAGAACCUGCCAAGCUGAGCAUCGUCAAUGAGAAACAAGGUCACCUGGUGGCGUUUGCAAAAUAUGAUAACGUCGUCGAGGUACCAGCAGGAUCCUCGGCGCAAAUAAUGUGCCAGAUGAAGUCACCCGUCCGUGAGUGUCAAUGGUCCUGGCGGCAAUUGAACCAAUCGCAACCGUGGAAUCUCGAGGUGAAACGGUUCCCGGCUUUUGGUAACGACAGCACGGACUGCAGCAUCAAGUUCAAGAAUGUGUUGCCUGAGCAAGAGGGAUAUUGGACAUGCGGCGCGAGGAUAAAUCCGAACUCCUCAUUCACGCAGUCGAAUCCCAUUCGAUUUCUGAUAUCGGAAGUCGAGUUUGUUCAACUGUCCAGAGGAAUUCAAGUAGCCCCCAGUGAAUCGGUACUGCUCAGAUGCCUGGUGAACAAGCCGGUGGUACAAUGCGAAUGGUCCUGGAAGGCCUCGAACUCCAGCCAAGAGCCUUUGUUGGUGAAGAAGUUCAAUCCCAACAAAGACGCCGACCACGACUGUUCGGUACGCUUCAAGAACAUUCUGUACGAGGAAGAAGGCCUAUGGACUUGCGGCGUACGAUUAUCGCCGGAAGGAAUUCUUCACGAGGCGCCUCCAGCGACGGUCAGCCUCCUACCAACAGCCAAAGUCAGCUUCGUUGAAAUGCCAACGGACACUUCCGCGCCGAUUGGUACGGAGGCCACGUUGAAAUGCAUAACGAGCAGCCGCGUCGAGAAAUGUACGUGGACCUGGAAACCGCUUCACGGAAACGAGCCAGAAGUCGUUGCUCAGGAAUUCCCGAGCAACGGCGACCUUGGUAGAGAUUGCUCGCUCGCUCUGCCGCGCGUGCAAGCCGAAAAACAAGGUCAGUGGGCCUGCCAGGUGUCGAUCAGUUCUCUCAACACGGUCCUGUCGUCCCCCUACGCCAAGCUCACUGUUUUUGAACAAGACGAGGUCAAGUUCUCGGAGCUGUCGCAGGACAUCCAAAUAUCAUCCGGUGGUACCGUUCUCCUUCGUUGCGUGACCUCCUCCGCGGUAGAACAGUGCCGUUGGUCCUUGACGCCGGUGAACUCGAACACCACAGUGGUGGUAAAGCAAUUCCCAGCAGUUGGAACCGAGGCGAGGGACUGCAGCGUACGGCUGACCCACGCUCUCGCCGAACAGGAAGGUCUCUGGACCUGCGGCGCGAGGAUACGCGGCAGACAAAAUUACACGGACGCGCCGCCCGCGAAGCUGAGCCUCCUGGAACCAGAACCAGUGACUGUGGCGCUGUGGGCUGUGCCCCAUCAAAUAGUCACGCUAGCGUGUAAAGUGAAAACAGUGCUAUCGGAAGUGCAAUGCCACUGGAUUCAUGCGCCAAAGAUCCACAUUUAUCAAAACACGAGCGGCACCAGAAGGCAUAGCAUUCAGAUGAACUAUGGUACAGGGAUAUGCACCUUACAAUUCAAACCCGAUCAUUCAGAUUUGGGUCAGUGGUUGUGUAAGUUCACAGUAGCCAACGAGUAUGGCGACGAAGAAUUGGGCAGUGCGUCUGUUGUUCUGCUGAAUAGCUUAAGUGAUGAAAAGUUGGGAUGGAUAGUAGGCGCCUUGACAGCUGUGAUUCUGUUCUUAAUGAUAAUUGUAGUGGUAUUGGUAGUCUGUAAGGCGCGCCUCUUUGUCCGGAAGUCACCGCGAAUUUUAGAAACCGUGCCACAAUCAGAGAAAAAACAGAUUUCACGACUGAACGGGGAACGGUAUUCCCAAAAUCCAACGAAAAACCAGGAUAUAGAAAUUACUGAUCAUAAUUCGGAUGCGCAGAAUGUAUUGAGUAUUGAUCACAUUAUUCCUGACAGAAGUCACCAUCUGAGAAAUUUGUCUAAAGUGUGUGACAAAGUUCAUAUGUGA